AUGCCACCGCCCCGUAUUGAAAAAGAAAUUCGGGGUUUCCUCGGAAGGAUCCAGUAUAUUAGCCGAUUCAUUGCACAGCUCACACCAAUCUGUGAGCCCAUAUUCAAGCUUCUACGGAAGAAUUUGCCAAAGGAAUGGAAUGACGACUGUCAAACGGCCUUUGAUAAAAUUAAGAAGUACCUGCUAAAUCCUCCAAUGCUCAUGCCACCUGCCCUAGCUGAAUAUGAAGCAUGUAUUGCUGGUCUGAGAGAAGCCAUCAUCCUCAACGUGAAGAAGUUGCGAGUCUUCGGAGAUUCACAGCUCAUCAUGAAUCAGACAAAUGGCGACUGGAAGACCAAGGAUGAAAUGUUGAUCCCCUAUCACGUCUAUCUGGAGAAUCUAACCGAGGAAUUCGAAGAGAUCACAUUCUCUUACAUGCCCCGAACCAAGAACCAGUUUGCGGACUCUCUGGCUACCCUUGCCUCAAUGCUGGAGAUCCCAGAAGGAGUUGCUAAAUGGGAGCUCACUGUCGAACUCCAAGAGGAACCCGCAUUUUGCUUGCAGAUAGACAAAGCUGAAACCUCCUCGAAUGAUCAGUCAUGGUACACAAACAUCAAAGGAUAUCUCGAGCAUCAGAAGUACCCGAAAGGAUCGACAUCAACUAAUCGUCUCACUAUCCAAUGGCUAGCAGCCCAGUUCACGAUCACCGGGGGCAUCCUCUACAAGCAAUCCUUUAACCUAGUCCUUCUUUGCUGCGUGGAUGAAACAUAA